AAUUAUCAAACAUUUAUUAAUUAUUGAAAAGAGUAAUUUAUAAUAAUAUGAUUACAAAGAAAAACACAAAUAUGAAAAUUAAAUUAGAAAAAUCUAAAACAAAAAAUAUACCCGCCCUUUGAAGGGCUGGUCAAAAGCUAGUUCUCUCAUUAUUCCUUCUUCUCUUUUUCCUUCUACAGUCUCCUCAAAGCUCAGAUCCGAAUCAUUGAUCCCUACUAAAUCCCCUCAUCGUUCAAAUUCUUUCCACGGAUUCUCUCUUUCCUAAUUCCUCACACUAAAGAAAACACACUCUCUUUCCCUUUCUUGCAAAGUCCAUUAAAACCACUUUCACUAUUAAAAUCAGCUUUGCUAGAUUGGGGCACUAACCCAAACUGAUGAGAUUGUCGUUUAGUCGUUAAUCGGAUUGUGGAUUUUUGAGCAUCAGAAAAAAAAAAAUGGAAAGGAAUCAGAAGAUGGAUCAUGUCAUCGGGGGGAAGUUUAAGUUGGGCAGGAAACUCGGUAGCGGAUCCUUCGGCGAACUUUAUUUAGGGAUCAAUAUUCAAACUGGAGAAGAAGUCGCUGUUAAGCUGGAACCUGUGAAGACGAGGCAUCCUCAACUGCAGUAUGAGUCAAAGAUAUAUAUGCUUCUUCAAGGAGGAACUGGUGUUCCUCAUCUCAAAUGGUUCGGAGUCGAGGGUGAAUACAGUUGCAUGGUUAUUGACCUUCUUGGCCCCAGUUUGGAGGACUUAUUCAAUUUCUGCAAUCGAAAGUUCACUUUGAAAUCUGUUUUAAUGCUUGCAGAUCAGUUGAUAUGCAGAGUUGAGUACAUGCAUUCCCGGAGUUUUCUUCACCGCGAUAUUAAGCCAGACAACUUUUUGAUGGGUCUUGGGCGCAAAGCAAACCAGGUUUAUAUCAUCGAUUAUGGCCUUGCUAAAAAAUACAAGGAUCUUCAGACACAAAAACAUAUACCAUACAGGGAAAACAAGAAUCUAACAGGAACUGCACGGUAUGCAAGUGUCAACACGCACCUUGGGAUUGAGCAAAGUAGAAGAGAUGAUCUGGAAUCACUUGGCUAUGUGUUGAUGUAUUUUCUACGAGGAAGUCUUCCAUGGCAAGGUUUAAAAGCUGGUACAAAGAAGCAGAAGUAUGACAAGAUUAGUGAAAAGAAGAUGCUUACUCCGGUAGAGAUUCUUUGCAAGUCCCAUCCAUCUGAGUUCACCUCGUAUUUCCAUUACUGUCGAUCAUUGAGAUUUGAGGACAAACCAGAUUAUUCAUAUCUGAGGAGACUUUUCAGGGACCUUUUCAUUCGCGAAGGUUACCAGCUGGACUAUGUGUUUGAUUGGACAACCUUGAAAUAUCCUCAGACUGGCUCUAGUUCGAGACCAAGGCCGACUCCAAGACCAGCCUUGGAUCCUCCAGGACCACCUGCAGAAAGAUCUGAAAAAUCUACAGUGGGACAGGACCUCCGAGGAAGAUUUUCAGGGGCAAUUGAGGCAUUUACUCGACGAAAUGUUUCAAGCCAAGGAGCUCAUGGUGACCACUCUAGACACAGAUCUUCUGAUGAUGUACCCUCUUCUUCCAAAGAAGUGCACGAGUCUCAUAGACACCGUUCUUCAUCCCGAAAUGGAGGUACCUCAAAGAGAGAUGUGAUGUCAAGCACCAAACCUGGCUCCUCACCUGAGCCAAGCGAGAACCGCUCAAGCCGAUUAUUUUCAAGUGGAUCACGGCUCGGCACAACUCAACGGGUUCAACAGAGCUAUGAGUCUAAACCAUCUCUUGCAUCUGGAAGGCAUGGGCAUGUGAUAGGUUUUAGAUAUCCGUAAAGUAAGAAACGAACUCUCUUUGUAUUUCAAAUCACGAAUCCAAUUACACUUUGAUGUAUGAACUAAACAAGUACUCUCAUGGCGAAUACAAGUUCAGAUCAUCGAUCUCAUAGCGAUCGAGAGUUCAAGACUCAUAACGUCUCAGAACUUACAACAACAAAGCAUAAAAGAAAUCUAAUCUUC